UCAACUCACAUUUUUUUCAAAAUACUCUAAAUCUUUUUUUUUCUAUGGAUGCUCUAGCUCUCUUCGCUACGGUUUCUCUUAUCGCCGCUAGCCUCUAUUGGUUCAUAUGCAUCCAUGGCUCCGCCGAGCAAAAGGGUAAACGUGCUGUCGAACUCUCCGGUGGCUCUAUCGCCAAAGAGAAAGUUGAAGACAAUUACAAACAGUACUGGUCUUUCUUCCGUCGUCCUAAAGAAAUCGAAACUACCGAAAAUGUCCCUGCUUUUGUAGACACUUUUUACAAUCUCGUUACCGAUAUUUACGAAUGGGGUUGGGGUCAAUCUUUUCAUUUUUCCCCUUCUAUCCCUGGAAAAUCUGAUCGUGAAUGCACACGCAUUCACGAACAGAGGGCUGUAGAUCUGUUAGGUGUAAAGCCCGGAGCCCGAAUUCUAGAUGCAGGCUGCGGGGUUGGCGGGCCUAUGCGGGCCAUCGCGGCCCAUUCAGGUGCUAAUAUUGUUGGCAUCACUAUUAAUGAGUAUCAAGUAAAUAGGGCCCGACUCCACAAUAAGAAAGCGGGCCUCGACUCAUUAUGUGAAGUUGUGUGUGGGAAUUUUCUAGAAAUGCCUUUUGAUGACAACAGUUUUGAUGGUGUUUAUUCCAUUGAAGCAACAUGUCAUGCACCAAAACUCGAAGAUGUGUACAGAGAGAUAUACAGGGUGUUAAAGCCUGGAUCUAUGUACGUUUCAUAUGAAUGGGUUACAACUGAAUUAUUCAAUUCGGAUGAUCCUGAACAUGUUGCGAUUAUACAUGGUAUUGAAAGGGGCGAUGCUCUUCCAGGAUUGAGAAAACAUAGUGAUAUAUAUGAGGUCGCUAAGAAAGUGGGAUUUGAAGUUGUUGAUGAGAAGGAUUUAGCUAAGCCACCAUCGAACCCAUGGUGGACGAGGCUACAGAUGGGGAAAAUUGCGUAUUGGAGAAAUCACAUUGUGGUUACAGUGCUUUCAUGGCUUGGAAUUGCACCUAAGGGUACAGUAGAUGUGCACAAGAUGUUGGUUGAAACAGCUGAUUAUUUGGCUAAAGGUGGGGAUAAAGGGAUUUUUAGUCCUAUGCAUAUGAUUCUAUGCAGAAAGCCUGAAAAACACUAGACAUCUUCAGAUUAUUAAUUACAAUUGAGUACGAUCGAAAAUAUUGGAUUGGUUCUUUUUGUUGGGCGUAUUCGAUUUAAAUUAAUUGCAUUUUUUUGAUUCCUUUUGUAUAAUUUCUCGGAAAAUACCUCCUCAAUCUGUGCCAGAAAUUUCAGCAAUACACUUAUACUAUAAGGUCCUAUUACCCCUCAACUUAUUUUGUAAAUAAUUUUCUGCCCCUUUUCGGCUUACGUGACACUAUCCCGUGGGUCUAACGUGUGUUGAUAUUUUUCUCAAGCUAGUGCCAUUUAGGUCGAAAAGGGUUGGAAAAUUAUUUAUGAAAUAAGUUCAGGGAUAAUAGACCCUGGUAUAGUAUAAGCAUGAUUCUGAAAUUUCAAAUAUAAAUUGAAGAAUACUUAUGUAUUUUUCUUAAUUUCUAGCUUGGAAUCUAUGCUUAUGAUAUAAUAAGAAAUAACAUUUGUUAUUUGUUA